AUGCUCCCAUUUGCGCUGAGGGUGGCGUGGGUCGUACUGUCUGCUACAGGUCUGCUGUGCAGUCUGGUCGGCUCGCCUCGGUUUGUGUCUGCGCUGGGUGGUUUGUGGAUCCCCAUAGCGUACGGGAUCGCCAACGUGACGCUGCAGGUUGUGUUCUGUCUCGAACAUAUUCAUCCCGUCGUAUCGACUGUAGGCAUGAUUUGGCAUAUGAACGCCUACAUCAUGCCGUUGACAUUUUGCGUCGCACAAGCAGCCUUCAAGGCAUUGGCAUGGUUUGUCAUGACAAGUUUAUGUGCGACCAUGACAAUCACGACUUCAGUUGCCAUCUUGCGGGCCCAGGGAGCGCGCGUUCUCAGUGAGCUGGAGAUUCAAAAGGCUCUGAGGUCUCGCGUGGCAUUUCUGUCCCUGGUCAUUGGCUUUCCCGCGGUAGCGUUUACGGCAUACAUUGCUGUCUCUUCGCGACUGCACGCAGUCCGUAACUAUGUAGACAUGACCUGCGAUGCAUCCGAUCCCCUUUGGGUCCGCCUUUUGAGUUUCGCCGGUCUACCUCUCCUCCUCGCUAUCCCCUCCUUCGUGCUCUCAUGCACUUGCGUAAUUUGUCUGCUGUCCACCCGGCAGCGCUUCCACGCUCAUUCUCAGCUCCCACGCGGCGAAGUCUUCGACAUGCUCACCUCCCUCCCUCGGCGCCGCACUUCCCGGGACAAACGGCACACACUCUACUCCCCAAGCGGCCUGGGCGAUGCGGCGUUUGAGCUGAAAGCGCUUCCGUCACUCGAGUCCCAGCCUCUCCCUGACGCGAGCCGCAGGACGCCCGCAGCGACAUCCCCGAUGUCGUCGCCGAGCAUGACGCUCCAUGCCCUCCCCACCCCUCCGCACUCCAUCUCGUCUGGCACUGCGCUAGCCCUCCCUGGGCGUGCGCCCACGCAACCUACUGUGGCUCACGCCCAGCGGUUCCACCUUCCCUUCUCGUGGCGGCCGCCCUCGUCCCGCGCGUCCCCCGAGAACGAACCCAGCCAUGGCGACCGCACCAGCUUCUUCAGCCAAUCGCAUCACUCGCAGUCACCCUCGCCGAUGCUCUUCGCGCCGCCCUCCAACCCGCCAAGCUCACGCACGACACCAGUUGGACUCCCCGUCUUUCCUAGUCUCAGUGCGUAUAGUGGCACGAGCAACGACGGGCCUAGACCGGUCAUCACAGGGUACGAGGACCUCGAUAACGACGCGAUGAGCGGAUCGCUCCGUUGGGCACAUAACUCGGACGCCUCCUCCCGCGCAAGCUCCAAGUCGGACCUGGAGUUCGCGGUUGAUGGGGGCGAGGACGACAGUUCCGACGAUCGUCCGCACUUGUCUAUCACCGACAGGAAAUUCACCGCAUUCCAGGCGGGACAUAUCGCGGUGCCCCAUCCGCACUCGCAUUCGAUAUCAAUAUGGGAGCGCUCGGCGCCAGAUCCGCGGCCGGCGCACGAAAGCACAGUGGUAUGGCGCGUGCUCUUCUUUCAGCUGCUUCUUUCCGGGACGCAGAUCCUUGCGAGCAUCUCGUCACUUGUGGACAUGUUCGCCAGCCGCGGUGUCCCCACCCCUUUCGGCACGCAGCACGUUGCGCUACUACUGGCAGCCUGGGCACCUGUGCUUGCGUUUGGUAUCCUUCCAUGGCGGCGAAAGGCGCGCUGACGCCCCGCUUGGCCCACCACCCUCGCUCUUUUAGG